CUGCUGGCGGCGACUCUGUGCAUUAAACGUCUAUCUGGCAGCGACAGUGCUGGCGCUCUUCUGACCGGACUGGACAGCUAUGCUUACCAGGAGCCACCCAAACUGACCGAUCUCCUUGCCGUCUACGCCAUCCAGAAUUGGACGAAUCCUGAGACACAGGCCUGUUGUGCAGCCAUUGUACUCACUCUUACUUCUGCCAAUCCUUGGACUGUGGAAGCAGUUCCCGACAUCGCCUCGAUUUGUGGAUCGGCAGACACGGAACUGGUCAGUCACGCGCGUUCCUUUUGUGACGCACUCAGCUCAAGCUCCGGAUUGCUUGGUUGGACUUCUACUUGCAUGGAGAUACACUUCCAAUCGGCCAUAAAGCGCUCAUCACAGUUAAAAGAGGCCUUUGAGGGCGAGUAUCCACGCUUGCUAAAACUCUUCCUCGACUUCUGGCACAAAGUUGCCACGGCUCCGCAGGGCAAUAGCGAGGGCCUUGAACUGCCUAGCUACCUACUGCGUCUCUUACAGCCCUAUGAGACCGCCUACUUGACGCGCAGUUUGUCCCGCCUGUUUGAGCGG